AUGGCCCACCAACGAGAGCCCAGAAUGGCAAAGAUAAACAAGAAACAGAAGCAGCGGCUUCAGGCGCAAGAAAAAGAGCUAAGUCUCGAGACGGAACAAGAAGCGAAAGCGCAAGAGACACAGCAUUACAACUCAGCAAGCGACUCAGAUUCAUCAGAAACGGUCAGGUAUGCGCCUACCAGCAUUCUGAAGCAUGAGGAAUUUGCGUCUCCAGCUACCACCAAGCUUCGAAGGAAAAUGUGGCUAUCUUUGAGUGCUCAUGUUGAACUCAGCAAGUUACUAGAGGCUGCAAAGAGCUCGAGCGAUCAUCAUUUCGAUACAUGGUCGAAUCCGAAGACUUUGAGAAGGGACCCGGAAUUGACACAAGACGGAUGGGAGAAAGCAAUCGAGCAACAGUACCAAACCUGGUACGAUGAUACUGUCAAAAAGCUGAGUGCAGAAGUCGACGCGCACUCUUAUACCGUCCGCCAAUGGCAGAUAACCGAAGAGCACGGAAACAUGCCAAAGUCAGAAACACUACCUUUGAUAGUGCAGGCUGAGACAACUACUGCCGGUCUGAGAAAGCUCCUCAUCAUAUUGCGAGGCUUCAAGAAUCAGAUGAGAGGAGAGUACACCGAUGCUCACCAGCAUAGCGAUGCCACCGAUAUGGCGUAUAUCAACUCCAUGAUACAGCGCUUGACUAAGCCCUACCAGUCACCACAAGUCCAUAAGUCAUGGUACAAAGGCCCCGACGGACGCGACCUCGACGCGCCCCAGAGGUUUGACAAAGAUGCCAGUGACUACUAUGGCGGCAGCAUCUUCACUGACAAUAUCCGCUUAUGGCUUCACGUCUGGUGCCCUAUCGCGUGGCAACGCACAGGUGUACACCCGUGGCCACAUGACACCGGGGCUAUCCACCUAGUGCACUACAACACGGGCGACCAUGCUUGUGACUACCUUUUUGGCAAAACAGACAGUACACGCGGCCACUUGAUGGACCCAUCAAACGGCCUCUUUCUUGGCUUCGAGUUCAAGCGUAUGCUCAACAGAGCUCAGAUCAUCAUCGUUCCUGCCAGCGUGGGCGAUACCGACCCCGAGACCGGCAAAAAAGUACAAGAAACCGACAAAGAACCGUACAAAGUACGAGUGCUGGACCCAAAAUUGAGGAAUGGGGAUGGCGACUUGAGAUACCGAACUUGGCCUGUUGCCCAUACACAGCUCGAUGGGAGGAUUCUGGAAUUUGCAAACGACAAUCGGCCAAAGAAGAUGUACCUGUGGUAUCGCGCCGUUUUGAAUAUCGCGGUGCGACAUAGACUCCAGGCGCCCGGCUGGGAGGGAGAGAUAGAAGCCCUAGGACAGAACUCGUGGUGCGCACCCGGUGAAUCACUCCGGCGAUCUACUAUGGCUGCGAUUCUAAAGCACGUUGGCUUCAUCGAUGACCCCGAGCCUAUCUUCGCGCUAGGACCCACAUUGAAGGGCCCCCCCGAGGAAGGUACAAACGAUAGAUCCAUCGCCGAUCGAGUGGCCAUGGUACUGGAUACAACGCAUACGAACUGGCUUAAAUCCCGUCGCAGCGCUUUCGCCAGCAUGCAUGCAGGCAAAGAGGUGGAGAUUGAUUGGGAAGACGAGGCGCAGGAGCAACACCAUAAAUUUGCGUCGCGCAAGUUGUGUUUAGACGCGGGUUUUGUGUGA